UUUUUGGCUUAAUUUUUUUUCAGUUUAGUGCGCAAGAGUUGUGGUGCGUCACGUAUUGUUCGGGUUCUAGUGGUGAAAGUCGAUUAUUUAACAUGCAUCGCUAUUUAAAAGCGUUGUUUUGUGCGUUAUUAGUAUUAUCUAUCGUCGAUCCAAUAAAGACUAAACGAUCGUUCAGUAGUGGUAGACAUUCGUAUCCGAAGUCUGGGGGGGGCCUGUCGGGCGGCGGGCACGGUUAUCCUUCAUCAGGAGGCAGUCACGGCUAUCCGUCGACUGGAGGUCUUUCCGGACACGGGGCGUCCGGCGGUAGCCACGGAUAUCCUUCGGGAGGCAGCCACGGAUACCCGUCGUCCGGUGGCCUGUCCGGGCACGGGCCUCCGCCUUCCAGUGGCAGUCAUGGCUAUCCAUCAUCCGGAGGCAGUCACGGGUAUCCCUCAUCUGGAGGCAGUCACGGGUAUCCCUCAUCUGGAGGCAGUCACGGCUACCCUUCAACUGGAGGAAAAGGAUUGUCCGGCAACUCACCGAGUCACAGCUCCGGAGUGAGUCACAGUACAACCGUCCACCAUCAUUACCAUUACAGUCCGCCGCAACAAAUCAGGUAUACUCCUAUGCAUGGUGGUCCUGCUGUAAACUACCCUGUGUACCGUGGCAGCCCUCCUACUUACGUGUACCAGUACAAAGAUUCUGGAAGUAAAUACGGAACAUUGUUAGCUGGUCUAGCUUUACUUAACCUGGGUACACUUGGCGUGGCUGGGUAUGCUGCAGCAAAGGCUCAUUCAGGAUCAGGAUCAGGGGAGACAUACAAAGCCAGGCCUGGUGAAGUGUGCAAAUUUGGCCUGAGGAAAGACAACGGGGACUAUGAGGAAACUAGAAUAGACUGCAAUUUGAUAUCUAGCUUCAUAUAUGAUGAGGAGGCGAAACAAAGGAGCGCCGGCACCAAUUCUACAGUAGUAACCACAACAGUGACUAAUGUUACAACAAUUAAUACAACUGGUACUGAUCACCCUCCGCCUCAGGUUUCGAACACACUGUAUCAAAUGUUACCAAAUGGCACUCUGAUACCUGUGAAUGUGACUAACAGUAACAUCACUGACAGCAAUGCCCCAGCCUCGCCAGGCACUAUGACGUCAUCAGUAACAGUCACUACAACAAACACAACAACUACUAAUGCACUUGACGUCAAAGGAAAGCCAGUUGAAGUGACACCAGGCAUGCAGUGUUAUGUAAUAAGGAACAGUCCAACUAGUAAUAUGAAAAAAUCUGUGCCCUGCGGCCUUUUGCAAACGUAUGCAACACAGUCGCUGAAAAAGAACUCUGCAUCCAGAAAUCUUCCAGUAAUGGCUAUAAUUAGUGCAGUUGUUGCUGUAUUAGUCAUAUAUUGAAACUAAUUUAAUUAUUAACUAAUUAACUUGUGUUUACCUCAAUUUUUGGAUCUAAUUUUUAUUAUAACCUUUAGAUUUUUGUUUUGAACACUUAUGUGUCAGAUUGUAACUUAGUGUUGUAUGCCUGAAAUAAUUAUACUUUUUGAAAUUUUAUACUAUAAAAAUUAGAAAAUGUUACACAAUAAGAUCAUUUUCUUUGGUAUAAAGGCAGAAUGCAGUGGUGUAACUAUACCAUCUUGUGUCUAUAAAAAAAUCAUCACAAUUUGUUUUUAAUUUUAAAUUACUUCUGAAUACACAGCCUCGCUGACUAGGGGCCCCUUCAUGCAAUGGACCUGUGGUAUUUUGCCAGGCCUGGCAUAGUUAUACCACUGGCAGAAUUAAUGUAACAUUCCUCCUAAACGAAGGCUAAAAAUGUGGCAACUAUGAAACAGGUGAAAGUAUUGACUGAUCUGUUUUUGUACUUAUAUUAAAAUAGUUUUUUACACAGAUUUAUUAUUAAAGUAAGCAGAACUUAACACAUGACUGUUUAUAUUGUCUCGAGCUGUUUGAGUAAAUGUGAUAUUUUAUUAUGCAGUAUUUGGCUAUUUUAAUAAAUUUUGUUAAAGAUAAA